GCACCCACCCCCUUUUUAACGUUGCACCUCCUCCAUGUUCAAUUAGCCCCUCAUGGGUGGAGUAAUGCAAUCAGGAGUGACUAGUACAGACCUCGGGAGAGUCCAGCCUCAGUCUUAUCCAGACUCUGCACAGGCGCAACCUCCUCACACAGGAAGUCGCGAGUCAAAAUGACGGAGCGCUACGACUGCCACUACUGCAAGGAGUCCCUGUUUGGGAAGAAGUACGUCCUGCGGGAGGAGAACCCCUACUGUGUGAAAUGUUACGAGAGCCUGUACUCCAAUACCUGCGAGGACUGCAAGAAACCCAUUGGCUGCAAUAACAGGGACCUGUCCUACAAAGACCGCCACUGGCAUGAGGACUGCUUCAAGUGCUUCCAGUGCAAGCGCUCGCUGGCGGACAAACCCUUCUCCACCAAGGACGAGCAGCUCCUGUGCACCGAGUGCUACUCCAACGAGUACUCCUCCAAGUGCCACGAGUGCAAGAAAACCAUCAUGCCCGGCUCCAGGAAGAUGGAGCACAAGGGCAACAGCUGGCACGAGACCUGCUUCACCUGCCAGAGAUGCCAGCAGCCCAUCGGCACCAAGAGCUUCAUCCCCAAGGACAACCACAACUUCUGUGUGCCCUGCUAUGAGAAGCAGUUUGCCAUGCAGUGUGUGCACUGCAAGAAGCCCAUCACCACUGGCGGGGUGACCUACCGUGACCAGCCUUGGCACAAGGACUGCUUCCUGUGCACGAGCUGCAAGCAGCAGCUGUCUGGACAGAGGUUCACCUCCAGAGAUGACUUUGCCUACUGCCUCAACUGCUUCUGCAACCUCUACGCCAAGAAGUGCGCCUCCUGCACCACACCCAUCAGCGGCCUGGGAGGCAGCAAGUACAUUUCCUUCGAGGAGCGCCAGUGGCACAACGACUGCUUCAACUGCAAGAAGUGCUCCAUGUCCCUGGUCGGCCGCGGCUUCCUCACCGAGCGCGACGACAUCCUGUGCCCCGAGUGCGGCAAGGACAUCUGAAGCGGCCGCCGAUUUAAAAAAACAAAUAUCUGAUUGAUAGCGCGCCCCCUUAUCAGCAGCGACUGUACAUUGUUGUACGCCAUAGCUGUUUUUUCACUUUGGAAACCUUUCAAAAAUGCUAACACAUUAACUACUUGCAUGAAUGUAGAGGACAUGUUUGCAGAUAUUAAGUAUUGUCAGCCUAAUCUAUAUGAAUGCACCUUUUAUGCGUCUUUAACUUGACUAAUUCCCUGUGUCGCUUCCGUGGAACUCUGGUGUAAACUUUAGAUGUGCAUGAAGUGGACUUUUAUGGAUUGUAGAAAUAUUCAACUAUAAAUAAAAGAGUUAUCAUUUA